CCAUGGUGGGCAUUUAACAGAAAAAAACAUUAGCAUUAGGCCCUUUGGGCUCUUUUAACUCCCAGUUUCUGCUCUAGGAUUCGAAAACCAUAAACCCUAGAGUGAGUCUGGUGUCAAGGGCUUUUCGGGGGUUUGUAAACUGUGAAGCACACGUUUCCCUUGUUUGGUCCUCCUUUUCUUUCUUCCCAAGUAUGAAAACUGGAUAUUAUUAAUUCCCAGACCCGUCCUGGACAAACAAAAUCCUUACGAAAUUGGCGUCGGUAACAUUGCCUCCUAGCCUGUAUGAUGAUCUUAGUAAGCCUCUAUUUGGAGACACACGCAUCCGAAUAAGCAAGACCAAGAAAGACAUGGGAAUCUCACAGGAAUGAGUCACACGUCUAGCACAAACUAACCCACAAGCGGAAGCUGAAUCAGUUGCAGGCUGCUCUGAAAAAAAGACCGGGUUUUUUUUGGACUCAUGGCGGCUAGAAAGCUUGUUCGAGAUUUGUUCCUCCACAGACAACCCCUUCUUCUUCUUCAGUCUCAACAACAGGUUUCAGGCGCGAAAAUUCGAUUGCUUUCGGCAAAUGGGUAUUGGGGAAAUCGUCGAUUCAGUGUCUUCAAUGAGUUUUCGAAGCAGGUCAAGGAGGAAACCAAUAAGAAUCAACAAUUUAAAAAGACGGUCAAGGAACUGAAGGAGCAAGUGGAAGAGCUCAAGGGGGUGAAAGAAGAUCUGAAAGUUAGAACGAAGCAGACAACGGAGCAGCUGUACAAGCAGGUGGAUGGUGUUUGGACAGAGGCUGAAGCAGCAGCAAAGAAGGUCUCUGCAAAUGUAAAAGAGAAGAUCUCGGCUGCCACAGAAGAGGUCAAAGGAUCUUUUGGAAUUGGGAAAGAGCAGGCUUCAGGGCCUUCUGGUACUUCAGCUGAUCAUGUUGCUGAUGAAAAAGAUGGAAGCAAGGCCUCGUCCACCGAAGAUAAACACCAGCACUCAGGGUCUAGUGAUACUGCAGAAACAUUAUUUGGAAAAUUUAGGUCAAGGGUUUCUUCAUCAAAUGUUUCCUCUGUCUUUCAUAGAUUCAAGGAAGCAAAGUUUGUUGACAUGGCCAAAAAAGGAUAUGAGAUUGUAAAGGAUGAGUUAAAUGGUAGUCCAAGUAAGAAAAAGCAUCUAGGGUUUGACCCUUCUUCCAUCCCACGAGUUGAAAGAAGUGCAACAAGCGCCAUUUCUAUUGUACCCACCAAACAAUCUCGUUGGAGCAAAAAGUGGGAGUCUUUCAGAAUGAAGAUGCAAGGGAAUCCUCUAUUCAAGCGUAUCAGUGGGAUAAGUGAACCUGUUAAAAUAAAAAGUGAAGAGAUCAUUGAUGACAUGAAGGAACGCUGGGAAACUACUGAUAGCCCAAUAGUUCACAAAAUUCAGGAUAUCAAUGAAGCUAUUUUUCAAGAAACAAAUGCUGCAGCAUCAAUCAAGGAGAUCCAUGCCCGAGAUCCAUCUUUCUCUUUACCAGAUUUUGUGGUAGAAGUUCAGAAUGCGGUCAAACCUGUGUUAAAUGCUUACAUGAAGGGAGAUAUUGAAACAUUGAAGAAGUACUGUGCUAAUGAGGUGAUUGAGCGGUGUAAAGCCGAGCGUCAGGCUUUUCAAAGCCAUGGCAUCUUUUUUGAUAACAAGAUUCUACAUAUAUCUGAGGUGGAUGUAAAAGAAACCAAACUGUUGGGAGACUCUCCGAUAAUCAUUGUAACGUUCAAAACACAGCAAGUCUAUUGUGUACGUGAUAAAAAUGGUGCAAUAACAGAAGGCAGCCAGGAUACGAUCCAAACCGUGUACUACGCCUGGGCCAUGCAACCUUGGGAUCCUGAAGAACUUCCUGAAGGUGCUCUUUUUCCCAUAUGGAGAGUGAGAGAGAUGCAACAAUUUGGAAUUCAAGCCCUCAUUUAGUUCUUUACAUAAACGCUGAUCUUAACCGAUGGAUGUUGUAUCAUUUUUAUUUUCCUGUGCCAUCUCAACUUCUCUGGGUUUUGUGAUUCACUGCCAGGAAAUUUUGUAGUAUAUUAUUUUAGUAUGAUCAAUUCAAUGUAGUUCUUUACAGAGAGCAUAAGCAAAUCUAAAUUCCUCCAAAUUUCAUUUU